AUGAUAAUUACAAGAUUUCAUAAAAGCAUUGAACAGUUAAAAUAUAAGGAAGCCUUAAAAUCAAUCUAGCAAGAUGUGAAAACACUUGAAUGGAAAUAUUAUAGUGGGGAAGUAGUAUAACAAAGAGAUAAUUUAUCUUAAGUCGAUAAUUAAUCUUCCAUAAGCAGGAAUAUUACAGUUACAAACUCUAAAUUCGAUGUUGGAGCAUUAAAGGACUUUCAACAGAAUACUCUAAGCAUUAUUCAGGAGUAAAACGAUAAAAAUAAUUCAAUCAUAAAUAGCAAAAAAAUUAGUAGAAAUUAGAGCAUUUUAAAACCAAAUCCUAAUACUCAAGGUGAUUUGCAGUCAAAGUUAGUAAAUCAAGAAUUAAUCAUUAAUAAGAAGCAAGAUUAUCAAACUCUAAGAGAAAACUAAGAAGAUAAGUAUCUUAUAAAGCCAUUACUUAGAUAUCAGACACCUGAUAAAUAAGGAAAGAAAAAAUUCACUCUUAUCAAAACUUAAGAUUUAAUUUCGCAUUCUAAACACGAUAAUUCAGGGUUUAAGAAAAGAAAUAUGCUAGACUUUCCUAAUUAUUCCAAUUAAUCUUAAACUUUACAAUCCUUAGAAACCCCAGAAACACAUCCAUUUUAUGAUGACAUCUAUACCAAAAGACUUUCACAAAAAAAAUAGGCCGCAUUUAUGAGCAAGAUAAUCUCAACUUAAUCCAAUUAUAACCCUUCAACUUUAAGAAUCAUAGAUUAACUUCACAAAUCUUAAGUAGAUUUUCGCAGACUUUUGGCUGUAAAGACAUAUCUUUAUAAUGUAUUAAAAAAUAAAGACGAUAUAAAAGUUGCUGACUUCAAAAAUGCAGUUAAUUCCUUUGCUUAGGGUAUUAAUGAAUCACUAAUAAAAGAAAUUUUAACUUUAAUAAUUAUGCCCAAGGAUAUAGAUCUUGUCGACUUUUACAAAUUCGCAAAUUUAGUAGAAGGUUAUAAUUUAUACCCUGUAAGAGUUUAAAAAUAAAAGAAUGAACCCUCCGAUAUCAAUUUGAUUGCAAUGAAAAAUGAUCCGAUAGAGAGAAAGUUUAGUUCAUCCUAAAAAGAGACAAUUCUGAAAGAGGAAUUGUAUGAAAAAAAGAUGAAGCUCUAAUUAGAAUUUAUAUGGCUUAAAGUAUCCAAUAAAUAUCCAAGUCUCUCUAGCGCUUUUAGAUACUUUGACAGAAAUGGUGAUUCAUAAAUCAAUUUCAUCGAAUUCAGCUAAGCCUUAGAUUCAUUAGGUAUUUAACUAUCAAUUGAUGAUCAGAAAGAAGUGUACAAAUAUCUAGAUCAAGAUGGAGAUUAAACUAUAUCUUUUAAUGAAUUCUGUCGUAUCACUCACACAGAUGGAAUUCUUCAGUAGCAAAAGGAUUCAAGUACCUCAUCUGGGCAAGUAUUGCUAAAGGUAUUAGAAGACACUGAUUCUAAUCCUUAUAGCAUCUAAAAUCAAUAAAAAGGUUAAUUUGAUAAGAGUGAUAUUUAAGAUAAAAGGCGAUAAAAAUAUGCUAAUUAUGAAAAAGUGUGCCCUCUUAUUGUGCAGAAGAGACACUAUGUAAACGAUUAAUAAAACAAACCAUACUAAAUGGAUUCGAUUAUCAAACAUGAAUACCUAAAUACACUAGAUAGAAAUAAAGAAGAAAUUUAAUCACAAGCAGAAGACCUUAACUAUGCAAAAAAUAGAAAGUUAAUUAAAAGAAGUGUUUAAAAUCGUACUUAGGAAUUAAGAUCCAAAUCAGUAGCUAAGAAUAUCAAUCUGAAGGACUAAAUAGAUGACAUUGAGGUGAAGAAAUAGCAUAAAGCCAACACAAACAACAUGAGCUUUCUAGACAUUUAGAAAUCUCAUAGGAAAAUACUUAGAAAUUUAUACUAGACUCAAACUAAUUAGAGUUUAAGCAAGAUCAAUAAUUCAACUCUUUCAUUAACAAUCAACAACAAUAUAAAUUCCAAAAGUCACUUACCUAAAAUAAAUCUUCUUUAAAAGCUAGAUAGCUAUCACCAAAAGAUUAUGAAUGAUUAAUUUGAUCAUUAUGAAUUAAAUGAGUAGAAAAAUAAUCAUAAAUAGGCUUUUGAUAGUUUUGAUCAAGUUUCUGUAGUAUCUAAAAAAGAAAAAGAUGAUCUAUUAAGUAAUUAUUUCAAGGAUAAAAGACUGAUUAGAAAGAAUUAGGCAAAGAAAGACUAGUAAUUUUGA